AUGGUCACAGGAAAUGGAAACGCUCGUUAUCCAACGCCUACGGGCAAUCAUGAUCUUCCCAGUCGUCGCCGAAUCCCUAAUCCUCCUCGCCUUGAUCCCUUGAGAAUCAAUCCUCCUUCACCUUCGCGGCCGUCGACUGCCGGUUCGUCUCGUCGGCCCCCCGUACAUCGCCCUCCGCCGAUCCCUCGUUCCCCUCGAAAGCACCUGGAACAACCGCUGCCCUUGCAUGAUCCCUUCCUGCGCUCCGUUUCCCCUCACCAUGGCACGGGCGACGAAUUCACCAUCUACGGCCCGGCGCUGCGCACGCCAACUUUCCCUAUUCAUCCUCAAGAGCGCCCCUCUAAAACAGCCCGACGAGAUGGCGACGUCGAUCGUCCAUCUCAUCGAAAGACCCCCGGAUUGCGGGCCUCUAAAUCUACAUCACGAUUGAACCCUCGACGUCUUCGCCUCGGGGACAGCCCCUCCAACGAUCCUUUCGUCACGCAUGGGCUCGCAAUACCGCGUCCGCCCCAUGCAUCGUCUGAUGCCCACGGGGAGGACGCGAUGCGCUCGAGCGUCAAUUCCGCUAUGACCUCGCGGUCCAGCAUCGAGCAGACCAGCGGCACGGAGCGCAGCAGCGUUCUGACGAAAAGUAGCUCGAUCACCGAUCUUUCUCCGGACACGCCCGACGGGCCGCACGAGAAGGACGGAGGCAUGAGUGUUGAAGAUGCCAUCUCCAUGUACCUGGACGGGUUCAGCGACGUGACGGAAGAACCUGCGUCGCCAGAGUUCCACGGAGAAACCAAGGUGCGACCAUUGAGUCCGCGUCCGCCCACGGAACUCACCAUCGACGAUGGCUAUACGUCCGAUGAACGUUCGCCGGUCAUGGAUCCGACUGAGGACCUGCCACCGGUACCGCCACUGCCGGCCUUGAGCCCACCAGACCAGAACACGGUGGACAAGCAAUUCCUGGGCGAAGCGAAGCCGGAGGAGCAACCGCCCCAUGAGAUGUUGGAAGAGAGCGGUCCGGAUCCGCCUGCCAACAGCGUCCCAAAGGACACCAAAGUGUUUAUUCCCGGGAUUGUGCCACCACAACUUCUACCGGGAACAGACACUCGGGAUCGCUAUGGAUUCCGGAAAGCUAGCCACCACGUCACCCUGGACCAGUACGAGGCCUGGAACGGCCCCUACACUGCGUUUGCUGCGACUCGGAGGACAAAAUGGGUUGAACUUCUCAGGGAGAGUGGCUUGCCGACCGAGGAUCCCACGACGUUUCCCCCGAAAUCGAACAAGAUGAAGCGUUUUGUGCGCAAAGGAAUCCCGUCUGAAUAUCGAGGUGCGGCCUGGUUCUGGUAUGCCGGAGGCUUUGAACACCUGAAUCGGAAUCCGGGGCUGUACGAUCAACUCGUGAAGCAGGCGAUGGAAUCCCCGAGCAACGACGACAAGGAGCACAUCGAGCGUGACCUGCAUCGCACCUUUCCCGACAACAUUCACUUCAAGCCGGAGGCCCAGGCCAACGACUCUGGUAGCAGCAACCCGAAAUUUUCCUCCGUGACCGUCGAGACGCAGAUGAUCGAGUCUCUACGACGAGUGCUGUAUGCGUUCUCCCUGCACAACCCCCAGGUGGGGUACACCCAGUCGCUCAACUUCAUCACCGGAAUGCUUCUUCUCUUUCUCACGGAAGAGAAAGCCUUCUGGAUGUUGCACAUCAUCACGACGGUAUACCUUCCCGGCACCCACGAGAUCAGUCUGGAGGGAGCCAACAUCGAUCUCUGGCUUCUCAUGGUACUACUGAGAGAAACGCUACCCAAUGCCUACAGCAAAAUUGCCAACACCGGUUCGUCGCCCAGGUCCAAACCGCCCCCGCUGACCGUCCACUCUCGCCUCCCGGACAUCACACUGGGGCUGACCAACUGGUUGAUGUCGGUCUUUAUUGGCACGCUGCCGCUGGAGACGACCCUGCGAGUGUGGGAUGUCUUCUUCUUUGAAGGGUCUAAAACAUUCUUCCGCGUGUCUCUCGCCAUUUUCAAGGCAUGCGAGAGAGAUAUCAUGGCCGUCUCGGACCCGAUGGAGGUAUUCCAGGUCGUGCAGGCAGUACCUAAACGACUGUUGGAUGCCAACCACUUGAUGGAUGAGUGUUUUGCGCGACGAAAUCGCGUGGGACAAGGUCGCAUCGACGAGUUGCGAGCAUCUCGACGGGCGGCCGUUCGACAGGAGAAGCUGCGGCGAUCGCAGGCACUCAGCAAAGGCCAACUCCAGGCUGCCACCGAUGAAUGGACCACUCGCGGCAGAUCGCCGAUCCCCGGGAUCGAACGCAGCAUUGCCGAUGGAUGGCGACAUAUGAGACACCAUGCAUUCCGGUAA